AGAAGGAACAAGCAGCGAAAAACAAACACAAGGUCGUUGUUGCUGUUGUUGUAUUGAGUUUCUAGGGUUUCUUCCUUUGCUUCUAUUUCGUGCAAUGGCCAACGUUGUGGAUCAAGAUCAGCAAUGGUUGCUCAAUUGCUUGUCUGCCACACUCGACCCCAACCACGAGGUUCGGUGUUUUGCUGAAGCUUCCCUCAAUCAGGCUUCUCUCCAACCAGGUUUUGGCAGUGCAUUAUCAAAAGUUGUUGCAAACAAGGAGCUUGCGAUGGGAUUGCGCCAGUUAGCUGCAGUCCUUCUUAAGCAGUUAGUUAAAAAGCAUUGGCAGGAGGGUGAGGACUCUUUUGAACCUCCUGUUAUUUCUAGCAAUGAAAAGGAAAUCAUCCGCAGAAUGCUUUUAUUGACAUUGGAUGACCCUCAUAGGAAAAUUUGCACAGCUAUUGGUAUGGCUGUGGCAUCCAUUGCAGUGUAUGACUGGCCAGAGCUAUGGCCAGAUUUAUUACCAUUUCUCCUGAAUUUGAUUAACGAUCAAACCAACUUGAAUGGAGUGCAUGGAGCUAUGAGAUGCUUGGUUCUUCUCUCUGCGGACUUGGAUGAUAAAAUGGUUCCAACAUUAAUACCUGCUCUGUUCCCAAGUUUGCUGACAAUUGUAUCCUCUCCUCAGAUAUAUGACACAUACAUACGAACCAAAGCCCUUUCUAUAGUGUAUUCUUGCACUUCUAUGCUGGGGACGAUGAGUGGUGUCUAUAAGGCAGAAACAAGUUCUUUGAUAGUUCCUAUGCUUAAACCAUGGAUGGACCAAUUUUCUUCUAUUCUAGAAAUUCCAGUUCAAUCUGAAAAUCCAGAUGAUUGGAGUAUCAGAAUGGAGGUUUUGAAGUGCUUAAAUCAGUUUAUUCAGAAUUUCUCAAGCCUCAUUAAAAGUGAAUUUGAGGUUAUAUUGAGACCAUUGUGGAAUACAUUUGUCUCCUCUUUGAGAGUUUAUGAGCAAGCAUCUAUUGAAGGAGCAGAAGAUUCAUUUGAGGGAAGAUAUGAUUCUGAUGGUGCAGAGAAAAGCCUUGAUUCAUUUGUUAUCCAGCUGUUUGAACUUCUGCUGACCAUUGUGGGUAAUUCAAGACUGGGAAAGGUGGUUGUGGCUAAUGUCAAAGAGUUGGUGUACUACACUAUUGCUUUUCUUCAAAUGACAGAACAGCAGGUUCAUACGUGGUCUGUUGAUGCUAACCAGUUCAUUGCUGAUGAAGAGGAUGCCACUUAUAGCUGUCGUAUCUCUGGCGUGCUUUUACUGGAAGAGGUAGUAAAUUCUUUUGAUGGUGAAGGAUUUUUGGCCAUCAUGGAUGCUGCAAAACAAUGGUUCACCGAAUCUCAAAGAAGAAAAGUGGCUGGCAAUGCAAGCUGGUGGAGGAUAAGAGAAGCUACUCUUUUUGCCUUAUCAUCCCUUUCAGAACAACUGUUGGAGACAGAGGAGUCAGGGUUCGAGACAAGUAGCUUGAAGCAAUUGGUUGAGCAGAUCGUCACUGAGGACUCUCUAACAGGUCCUCUUGAAAACCCUUUUCUAUAUGCUCGCAUUUUUACUUCAGUUGCUAAAUUCUCCUCUUUGAUAAGCAGUGGUGUACUAGAGCACUUUCUCUAUGCGGCAAUGAAAGCAAUUACAAUGGAUGUGCCUCCACCCCUAAAAGUAGGUGCCUGCAGAGCACUUGCACAGCUCCUCCCCGAAGCAAAGAAUGAAAUUGUUCAACCGCAACUGUUGGGUUUAUUUUCAUCCCUAACAGAUCUUCUUAAUCAAGCAUCAGAUGAAACCUUGCACAUGGUGCUUGAAACAUUGCAUGCUGCAGUAAGGGCAGGUCAUGAAUCAUCGGCAUUGGUAGAAAGCAUUAUUUCUCCCGCGGUCCUUAAUGUAUGGGCAUCACAUGUUUUGGAUCCUUUUAUCAGUAUUGAUGCACUUGAAGUUCUUGAGGCAAUCAAAAGCAUUCCUGAAUGUACACGUCCAUUGGUUUCCAGAAUUAUGCCGUAUAUUGGACCAAUUUUAAAUAAACCCCGAGAGCAGGCUGAUGGUUUGGUAGCUGGGUCAUUAGAUCUGGUGACAAUGUUACUGAAGAAUGCCCCUGGUGAUGUAGUGAAAGUAAUAUAUGAUGUCUCUUUCAAUGCUGUUAUCAGAAUAAUCCUUCAAAGUGAUGAUCACAGUGAAAUUCAGAAUGCUACGGAAUGUUUAUCUGCUUUUAUAUCUGGGGCAAGACAAGAAGUUCUUGUUUGGGGAUCUGAUUCUGGAUCAGCUAUGAGAAGUUUACUUGAUAUAACUUCAAGACUAUUAGAUCCCAAUCUGGAAAGCUCUGGGUCUUUUUUUGUUGGGAGUUACAUUCUUCAACUUAUAUUGCAUUUACCAUCACAAAUGGCUGUACACAUACGAGACCUGGUUGCUGCUCUUGUCAGACGAAUGCAAUCUGCUCAAAUUGCUGCCUUGAGGAGCUCAUUGCUAGUUGUUUUUGCCAGAUUGGUACAUAUGAGUGCUCCAAAUGUUGAGCAAUUUAUUGAUUUGCUGAUCUCAAUUCCUGCUGAUGGACAUGCUAAUUCCUUUGCUUAUGUAAUGUCAGAAUGGACUAAGCAGCAAGGUGAGAUACAGGGGGCCUAUCAAAUAAAAGUUACUACAAGUGCCCUGGCCUUGUUGCUAACAAGUAAGCACAAUGAACUUGCAAAAACACAUGUCCAAGGCCAUCUUAUGAAGUCUGGUGUGGGAAUAACCACAAGGUCAAAGGCAAAGUCAGCUCCAGAGCAGUGGGUAAUGUUGCCACUUCCUACGAAGAUAGUGGCUUUAUUGGCAGAUGCGUUAACUGAAAUACAAGAACAAGUUUUGGCCGGCGAUGAUGAGGAUAGUGACUGGGAAGAAGUUCAGGCAGAUGGCAUUGAAAAUGAUAAAGAGUUUCUGUAUUCAGUGUCUACAUCUGCUUCAGGAAAACCCACGUAUGAACAUCUUGAAGCAAUGGCAAAAUUAUUUAAUGAGGAUCAACAUGAUCAGUAUGAAGAUGACCUUUUAAGUGUUGCCGAUCCUCUUAAUCAGAUAAAUCUGGCAAAUUACCUCUUGGAUUUCUUUGUUAACUUUUCUCAGUCUGACAGACAGCUCUUAGAUCACAUUUGCGAGAGCUUGACUCAGUCUCAACGAAAUGCUAUUCAAAUGGUACUGCAGAGAUGAGAAUUUAGUGUGCUUAAAGAUGGAUUGAUACUUGCAGAGGGAGGAGAUGGUUGGAAAGGAAUAUUUUGCCUUUGUCUAGGAUGGGGAAUCUAUUUGGAUUUCUGAAACAUGUUUUGCUGCUGUGUGUUCCCCCUUGUUUGUUUAAUCAUUCUUUUUACUCAAAUGUGUUUUUAUGUGACCGUUAUCAGUUUUGCUUUUACUUGGUUUUGCUCAUUGCUAAUUCACCAAAUUUCUUUGUAUACAAAUUGUAACAUUUAUUAAAGAGAAAGAAGAAACAUCAGUUGGUAGCAUACUGGUGUAGAAGAAUGUCAACUAGCAGCAUAAUGGGAGAGCUAGUUCUAUCAUGAUGUGGAUGUUCUUGGCUCGAACAGAAUUACCUCUUCCGGAGAAUACUUGUAAUUAUCCACACACACAAAAAAUUGUCAACUAGCUUGGUUUCUAGUCUCGGGUUUAUUCUCUACAUGUUUUAGAAUCUUGACUAGCUUUCCUUGUUA